AUGGAUUCCAAAGAGAUCACCGAGAAGCCUAUCGCAGGUGUCACCCCUCCGGACGCUGUACACUCAGCCUCCUCCAAAACAUCAACUAGCGAUGAGAAGCCCACCGUCACCACCGCUGAAGAGAUCUCCUCUGAGAAGCACAACGACAUCAAUGCCCACUAUGACCCUUCUGCCGCCCCUCGCUAUACCAAGGAAGAGGAAGAUGCUGUCAUCCGCAAGCUGGACUGGCAUCUGAUGCCACUGAUUUUUGUCCUGUACUCCCUGUCCGUCCUGGACCGCUCCAAUCUGGGCAAUGCCAGAAUUUCUGGAAUGGAGGACGACAUUGAUCUCAGUGGAAAGCGGUAUGACUGGUUGGGAACUGCAUUUUACAUCAGCUAUAUCCUCUCACAAUGGACGCAAAUGGGCUGGAAAGCCUUUCCACCUCAUGCCUGGGUCGCCUUCGUCGUUUUCGGGUGGGGAGUGGUUUCCACUAUGCAAGCAGCGUGUUCAUCCUGGGCUGGUGUGAUGGUUUGUCGAGUCAUUCUCGCCAUCUUUGAAGCUGCCUAUGGCCCUGGCGUCCCGUUGUAUCUCUCGUUUUUCUACCCGCGCGAAAAGCUCGGUCUGCGAACCGGAAUCUUCUUGAGUGGCUCUGCCGCCGCCAACGCCUACGGAAGUGCACUCGCGUACGGCAUUUCUCAAGCCAAGGCAUCCAUCGGGCCCUGGCGCAUCCUGUUCAUUGUUGAGGGUGCUCCUACAUGUCUGCUGGCCAUCGUGGCGUGGUUCUGGCUUCCAGACUCGCCCGCCCACUGCAAGUUCCUGUCGGAGAGAGACAAGGCGAUUGCAAUAGAUUUAUCCUUGAGACAGCCUGGAGACAGGACAGGGAAGAAAGGUCUGCAGUGGAAACAGGUAUUGGGCGGAUUGAUGGAUUAUCGAUCCUACCUUCCCCCUCUGAUGUACUUCGGCUGCAAUGUCUGCUUCGCCUCUCUACCGCUCUUCGUCCCAACCAUCAUCAGCGAAAUGGGUGCCUUCUCCACCAUCCAAUCCAACGGCCUCUCGGCUCCACCAUAUGUAUUCUGCUUCCUCGCAAUCUGCGGCACAGCCUUCAUCUCUGACCGCCUGAACAUGCGUGGCAUUUUCGUCGCCAUCCCUGCAUUGAUUGCUGCGGUCGGGUACAUCAUUCUGGGCACUACCUCCGGGGUGGCACCGAGGUAUUUCGGCCUUUUCCUGGCCGUCCUCAUCUUUGUCUCGGUGGCAAUGACGUUGACAUGGGUUGGCAACACCCACGCCACGGACAGUAAGCGCGCUGUAGCGUUAGCUAUCCUGGCGACGGGUGGUCAGUGUGGUCCCGUGUUGGGCACAAACAUCUUCCCCAAGAGCGACGCCCCUUAUUACCGCAAGGGCAUGUGGAUCUCGUGUGGUGCGUGCCUGAUCGUGGUAGUCACAAGCGUGAUGCAGAUGGGACUGCUGUACCAAGCCAACCGGAAGCGGGACAAGAAGUACGGCCGCGAUAGGGAGACUGUGCACCUCGAGGAGCCCGGUGAGUUUGGUGACGAUAAGCAGUUUAGAUACGUGGUUUGA